AAUGCCAUAGACUUUUCAUAUCCACACCCUACACUAUAUACUAUACACUUUAAUUUCUCAUAUACACACAUAAACCAAAAUAACAAAAACCGCACCCUCCUCCGAUCCUCUUCAUUCUUCUUCUUUUUCUUCUCAAACAUGAGUGGUUACGAUGUUGAUGGCCAUAGAAACCAUGACAACUACUCAUUCUUCAGUUUCCACAACCCAUCAUCAUCGGAUCGAAGCUACUCGAACAAAAAAAUCUUGGUGAUGGCCGUAGCUUCCUUAACAAUGGUCAUCAUCGUGGUCUUGGCCCUUCACAUCUACGCAAGGGUGGUUCUGAGACGCCAAGCUCGAAGAAGAUUCGCCAUUCACCAACUCAGCCUCACCGUACAAGCCCAAGCCCAAGCCCACGAACACAACACAGGCCUGGACCCUAACGUCAUAGCCUCUCUCCCCACCUUCAUCUACAAACGAAAAAAGAGAGAAGAAGAAGAUGAAGAUGGCGAGUGUGCUGUGUGUUUGAGUGGUGUAGAAGAUGAACAAGAGGUGAGGUUGCUGCCGAAUUGCAAGCACAGUUUCCAUGUUGCUUGCAUAGAUACAUGGCUGGCUUCUCAUUCCACGUGUCCAAUUUGUAGAACCAAGGCUGAACCAAUCAUAGGCCUUCAACUUCAACCUCACCCUCCUGAGCCUCCUAUUCUUCUUCAUGAUGAUGCUUCAACUUUUGAAGCUACUUCUGAUAAUAACAACAAUUCUGCUAUUGUGGGUAAGAACAUUACUGGUUCUUCUGUUUCAAGAUUCAGCAGCUCUUUUAGAAGGAUUCUAAGUAGGGAUAGAUCUUCUAGCACAAGAAUUCAACCUUCCAUAGUUACCCAUCUUGAUGAUCAUGAUUUAGAGAGCCAGCAAUAAUAUAUAGUACCAGCAUCACUCAUUAGUUCCUUCUUAAUACUAUUCCAUGUUUCAUAUGUUUUGGUUUUUGAAAAAAACAAAAUAUAAAAUCAUUCAUUUUUCUCA